UUUCUACGAAGGGGAAGAAGUAAGUGCCUUUUAGGACAUAAAGCCACUGUUUGCCCUGGAGCACUUAGUAGGAGCUACGCCAGACUUCUUUGAAACAUUCGUAUUAUGACUGGAAUAUUCUCAUAAAUGAACAAGAUGUCUUUGUCCAGGAUUCAGAGUCUUAGAGUUGCCGCCGUGCUGGAGGACAUUUCCCAUCAGCUGGAAAUAAUAGGACACUCCAUGACAGCACAAAUCAACAAGGACCAGGGCACAGCUCCUGCCCAGGAGAAAGCCAGGCUUGUCAAGGUGACAAGAGAUUGUCAGAUCGUCACGCAGCAGAUGGCCGAGCUGCGUUUGGAGCUGGAGGAGAAACGGAGUUUCAGCUCUCUGCUACAGGUUGUGGAGAAAGUGCUGCAGAAAAAGGAAGCUCUCGAGAAUGAAAGACAGGCUGUCGUAGAGCUGGGACGGACGAGGGAGGCUGUACUGGAACUCCAACAACAGAUAGAAGACAAUGCUGUGAAGUUGGAAAAGUUGCUAAGACGUCGCUCUAAUCUGAGGGAAAUGCCCGCCAGCAGAAGAGUGACUGUUAAGCCCAUCGUUGUCGAGAGGCCCACGCGGAAAGAAACCCCCGAGGCUGAGAAACUGCUGGAAGAGCAGCUGGAGCUACUGCGGAAAAAACUGAAAGAGGAGAGAAGAGUUCACGAGGAGUCCGAAAGAUUCCUGCAAAAACAGCACAAGGAGCUGUGCGAGGUUCUGCUGCGCUGGCAGCAGAGCACAAAGGCGACGCAGCGGGAGAAGGAGGAGAGGCUCAACAGCGUUUGCUGUAAAAGGACGCUGAACUUGGACAGGUUGAUGGAGAUGAAGAGGAAGUUCAGGGAGAUGGAGCGGGUGGUCAUGGAGGAUAAGGAGGAGCAGGAGAAACUGCGGCGACAGCGGGAAGUGGCCGGAUUCGCCACCAAGCUGCAGGCCUGGUGGAGAGGCUGCAUGGUCCGCCGAGGCCUCGGGCGUUUCAGAAAAGUAGAGGAGGACAAGAAAAGCAAGAAAAAGAAGAAAGGAAGUAAGAAGGGAUGACGUCUGCUUGUUCGUGUGCAGCCCACCAAAUGGAAAAAAAGCACAGUCUUGG